AUGUUAAUAAACAGAAGUAAAUUAUAUAUGGAAGGAAAAAUAUGGGGGAAAGUCUCAAUGAAUAGAGUAUUAGACAUUUACUACAAGGGUGACGAUAACAGUCACACAGUAUCAAGAGUAGAAAUCCAUCUUAUAGUCAACAACACCAAUGUCAUUGCAUAUUCUGAGGAUGGUGUGGAGCACUAUCUUGGUAAUUUCCUGGAGAAAUUAACUUUGGAGCAACUGAGUGUAAACUUAUACAACGGUACUGGCACGGUUUCUGAUGUUACUCUUGACUGUGAUGCACUAAACAAGUUAGGAGAUGAACGAAAUUGGCCACUCCAAGUAGUAAAUGGUCAUAUGCAAGAUAUAACUGUCAAAGUACCAUGGUCUAAUGUAUUUAAAGAUGACUCCAUAUUAAAAGUCGAUGGCCUAUCGCUUACAUUGCAGCCAAAAAUACGAACUGAACCAGUGAAAUCGUUCCUGAUGUGGAUGGUAAUCAAUUGGCCAAAAUUGUCAUCCAAACAAUUGUUUUCGCUUAACAAGCAUACAAAUGGAUUUCAAAGACACGUGGAACAAGAAGAAAAAAUGUUUGCUAACAGUAUUGAAGCAAUUCUUAAACGACUUAAACUAAAAUUGGAAAACACAAAGAUAAGAAUAGAACAUUUACCUAAACACAUAAACAGAGGCUUCGCAAUGGAAUUUUACAUAAAGAGUAUCGACUGUUACGACGAGGCCGAACCCGACUUCACACCUCGAGGAACAGAUUUAGAACUGUCCAAAACUUGCUUAUUAGACACUUACACUAAAAAGAAAAUAAAAAUAAAAGGUGUUACAUUAUACACAGAUGAAUUCCAUGUAAACCGAAACUCAUUAAAAAACCGUUACGACAAUUUGCAAGCACCACAACGAUUUAAGAUAGACUGCGACUUAAACAAUAAUAUAAAAGAUUGUGUUUUCCAUGAAAUGAAAAAUGAUAUUCUCAGAAUGAAACAAGACACGGUCAAAGAUGUAAAUUUAACAUUUAAUAGCAUUGACGAUGUUGACACUGAGAAAUCAAACCCGUUGGGUCCAAUCAUGUUUGCCAUCUUGAAAGGGCAGCAAGAAUUGACGCUAUCGGUUAAUAAAUCAGGUAAAAUGGAGGGAGUAUCCAUUGCAGCAGAAACAACAGGUCCACUUGAAAUAGUAUUAUCUCAGAAACAGUUAGACGCAGUUAUUGAUCUCCUUACUUGUCUCAAAACAACACGAUCACAGAAGACCAGGAAAAUCAGUGACGGGCUGGAUAUUUUAAACAAUAUUCUGCAAUGUUUUUGUUAUUUACAAGAAAUCCCUGAAAUGAAUAAGAAAUACAACUAG